GUUGAAAAAAAUAUAUUUAUGUUUGUCCUACAGUGUUGCCGUACCCUCUGACGUCACACCAGAGCGACAAGUAACUAUGGGUCAAAGCCAGAGUGGAGGCCACGGUCCGGGCGGAGGCAAGAAGGACGACAAGGACAAGAAAAAGAAGUAUGAGCCUCCAAUCCCCACCAGAGUUGGUAAGAGGAAGAAGAAGAGCAAGGGACCAGAUGCUGCCAGCAAACUGCCACUGGUCACCCCUCACACUCAGUGCCGCCUGAAGCUGCUGAAGCAGGAGCGGAUCAAAGACUACCUACUGAUGGAGGAGGAGUUCAUCAGGAACCAGGAGCAAAUGAAACCCCUGGAAGAGAAACAGGAGGAGGAAAGGUCGAAGGUGGAUGACCUGAGAGGGACACCCAUGUCUGUAGGCACCCUGGAGGAAAUCAUUGAUGACAACCACGCUAUUGUUUCCACCUCAGUGGGAUCUGAGCACUAUGUCAGCAUCCUAUCUUUUGUGGAUAAGGACUUGCUGGAGCCGGGCUGCUCUGUCCUGCUCAACCACAAGGUCCACGCUGUGAUUGGGGUGCUGAUGGAUGACACUGAUCCCUUAGUAACAGUGAUGAAGGUGGAGAAAGCCCCACAGGAAACCUACGCUGACAUUGGAGGACUGGACAAUCAGAUCCAGGAGAUCAAGGAGUCAGUGGAGCUGCCUCUCACGCAUCCAGAGUAUUAUGAGGAGAUGGGCAUCAAGCCUCCCAAAGGUGUAAUCCUGUAUGGAGCACCUGGCACAGGCAAAACGCUGCUUGCCAAGGCCGUAGCCAAUCAGACUUCGGCCACCUUCCUGCGCGUGGUGGGCUCGGAGCUGAUCCAGAAGUACCUGGGAGAUGGGCCCAAGCUGGUACGAGAGCUCUUCAGGGUGGCGGAGGAACAUGCCCCCUCUAUCGUCUUCAUCGAUGAGAUUGAUGCCAUCGGCACUAAGAGGUAUGACUCUAACUCUGGAGGUGAGCGGGAGAUCCAGAGGACCAUGCUGGAGCUGCUCAACCAGCUGGACGGCUUUGACUCGCGCGGGGACGUGAAAGUCAUCAUGGCCACCAAUCGGAUAGAAACCCUGGACCCGGCCCUCAUCAGACCUGGGAGAAUCGACCGUAAGAUCGAGUUCCCCCUGCCUGAUGAAAAGACCAAGAGGAGGAUCUUCCAGAUCCACACCAGCCGCAUGACAGUAGCAGAUGAUGUCACCCUUGAUGACCUCAUCCUGGCUAAGGACGACCUAUCAGGAGCAGACAUCAAGGCCAUCUGCACAGAAGCGGGCCUCAUGGCUCUACGAGAGCGCCGCAUGAAAGUCACCAACGAAGACUUCAAGAAGUCCAAGGAGAACGUCCUGUACAAGAAGCAGGAGGGCACACCGGAAGGGCUUUACCUCUAACCUUCAAAGUUUUACGUUUCUCCCCCCCCCACCCACCUGUGUCUAUGGCUGUGUGAACGAGAGGAGGCAGCAGUUGAGUUGUGCGUCUUCCCUGAGAGAGUUUUGAUAUAUUUUGUGCAUGUCAUGUCCGCUUUAUCCCACUCUCCUGUUACCGUUGUUUGUUAAGACCAUAAAUAAAAUGACAAAUUUAAAAAAAGAAAAGAAUUCA